AUCAAGUUCAAACCUUUCCUCUCUGCAAUACGACCCAAUUCCAAAAGCUCUUCAUUUUCUCCUCAUCUAGCCCAAAUGAACAAGAAAAAAACUCAAUGCCCCAGAAAGGCAGUCGAAAUCAGAAGCUCAACAAAAAUCAUCAAGAAACCAGCAACGGCCACAACCCUUGUAGUGUCUCAAAAACGGAAAUCAAAUACAGCGAAACCCGAAAACUAUUCGCGAGAAAACGAUGAAACACUGCCCACGACAUCCAUUUCAUCAGAUUUCCUGGAUAAAUUUCCAAUCUUGAGCUCUGAUUUCUACCAGGUUGAUGCCCUCGAGCUCGCCCCACGUUUGCUGGGGAAAUAUCUCAGGAAGGAUAACGUCAUUCUUCAGAUAACUGAGGUUGAGGCUUAUAGGCCAAAUGACUCGGCUUGUCACGGUCGGUUUGGGAUUACGGCAAGGACUGCCCCUGUGUUUGGACCUGGAGGCCAUGCAUACGUUUAUCUCUGUUAUGGUCUGCAUACAAUGCUUAAUGUGGUGGCGGACAAGGAAGGACUCGGUGCAGCUGUCCUCAUUCGUUCAUGUGCUCCUGUCAGUGGACUGGAAACCAUUCAACAGCGUAGAGGUUUAAAGUCUGAGAAACCUGUUCUUCUUGCCGGUCCUGGGAAGGUUGGUCAAGCGCUGGGAAUCUCGACCGAGUGGUCUAACCAUCCUCUUUUCGCUCCUGGUGGUUUGGAACUCUUAGACGGGCCAGAGCCUGAAAAGAUACUCGUUGGUCCCAGAGUUGGCAUAGAGUAUGCCUCACCCGAGCAUGUUAGCGCGCUAUGGAGAUUCGCAAUAGCUGCUUCUCCUUGGAUUAGUGCUCCAAAAAACACUCUCCGGCCUCUCUAAGUGCUCCCAGGAAAAAUGCAGCCUUCAACAGUAGUAAAGAAAAGUCAGAAGUUGAAAAAGUGGGAGAUGCUAUUUUUGUAACACACAUUGUGUAUAGAUACUUGUGUGAAUCCAAAACAUGUUUGUUCUUUUCUUUUGUGUUUUUGAAUUUUGAGAAUCUACUCUGAAAAUUGUUGUGAAUAUACAUUAAAAAAAGUUACUCAAUUUUAGGUCUGGAGAGCGAUUCAGGUACAAAAGACGAAACGAAAUACGGGUCAACUACUGUAAAACAUACUCAAUCGCUAUUCACCGCCCCCUUUUACUAGUCACCGCCCC